AUUGGCUUCUGAAGGUGGAGUGUCAACAAGGAAGUUACGAUGCCAGCUGUCAAGUGAUCUGAGCUUGCAUCAACUUGGUUCUUCGCGGCAUUUGUCAUGUUCGGCGUCUUUCUCUGCGGAGCUGCCUUCUUCAGUGGACACUUCAUCGGCCUCAGGAACAUUUUGGGAUCUGUUUUCCCGCAAUGGAGCGAAGCUGACGUCGUGUCUGUCAGCGAGAGACUGGUGUCCGCCAUUCACGCUACUCUGGCUACUGCUGCGGGCGUCACUGUGGUGUCAUCAUGCCAUGACGUCAUGACUGACAGCCACUGGCUGGCGGACACCUUCGUGGCCUUUGGAGCUCCCUACAUGGCCGGCGACAUCUACUUCAUGUAUCUGACCCACUUUUACAACCAGAGGGUGAAGGGUCACACAAGUCCAGAGACGACUCACUCCCUCAAGACGGUCAAGGCUUUUCUCAUCAGGGAGUGGAUGUUGGUCCUCCAUCACCUCAUUCUGCUUCUCGUCUUCAUGCCCAUCACUCUACUCCUCAGGAGAGGGCUCGGAGACUUCUUUGUCGGCUGCCUUUUCCUCACUGAGCUCAGCUCGCCGUUCAUUGCUAUCGGAAGGAUUCUUAUUCAGCUGGGCCUGGACCACACCAUGCUGCACAGAGUCAAUGGCAUCAUUGUCCUCCUGACCUUCUUCACCUGCCGGAUCCUCAUCUUCCCCUUCAUGUACGCCAUGUACGCACGUCAGUUUGGGAUUCCACUUCACAGGGUGCCAUUUAGUCUGCCUCUGCACUGCAACCUGGGAAACCUGGCACUGCUGCUCCCGCAGGUGUACUGGUUCACCCUGCUGCUGAAAAAAGCCAGGCGACUCUACCACAGGCAGACCAGGAGGGACUGAUUUAAAAUCUGAGCCAGAUGUCAACCAACAUGUGCAGCUACUGUUGAAGGUGACUUUUGAAUUUGCACUAUAUUGCUUGUGAACGCGAGCAGUUGGUGAUGUGGCGCUAACACUGGACCUCUAGCUCC